AUGGCAACAGCAAGGCUUCGCAGAGCUUUUCGCUACCCUGAUGAUUCAGGUGAUGACGAGCACAGUCGGGAGGAGCUAGACGAAGAAGCCAUCCCGCUAUUUUCCAGCUUCGCUUUUAUUGCUUCAAUACUUUCGGGCUCCUCGAGCCUAUCUGAACGAUUUCUCUCUUUGCUCGGCGCCCUAUCUCUACUAGUCACGGCCUAUAUCAUGAAGUACCUCCCGCUUGAACGCCCGGAUCCUAAGGGCAAGAGACCAAUGACCACACCGCAUGCUAUGGCUAGCAUCCGGCCAUACAUCUUGCCUGUCGAUGCUGCGAUCUGCGUGCUACUGGCCCUGUUCUACGCUUCGCAACCCACAACGCAAUCCUGGCUGGUGAUCCAGCCGGUUACCUACUUGGUUCCAGGAGCAAUGUUUGCAGCUGUAUUAAUCGCACGGAAGGUCAUGCUAUCAGUUGACCUCAAAGCGCUUGAGAACCUCCGCUAUGAGUACAAAGGAGCAUAG